AUGUUUAGCGAUACCUACGAGUUUCGGUAUAACCAGGAAUCUCAAUGUCUAGUGAUGUAUCCUCGAAUUGCUUGCUCGGAAGAAGUGAACCAAGGCCAAACGUGUAUGGCAUUGGUGUGUUUACAGCAAACGAAUACUACAUGGGUUUCCAAUUACAAGGACUGCCCAUCCAUUCAAAUCCGAACGGUUCUCCGAUAUCCUCAAAACACCAAGUUUUAUAAUUUGACUUCUGGUACUAAUACGACAUGUUUUGUGAAUAGCAUGAGUAAGAGCAGUAGUUUUGUCUCUUACACGGUGAAUAAUCAAGAAAAAGUUGUUUGGAAAAUACUAUCGGGAUUGAGUUGGGGUUUAUUAGGUGUGGUGAUUGCACCCUUACUACUCGGAUGCUUAGUUUUAAUGUUCAGGAUGAAAAUUCCCAUCCUUAAACAAAAGUUUACCCUCAAAAAACAACAAUCACAAAUGAAACACCAGCACGGAGAGGAUUCAAAAGAGCAAGAACAACUUACAUCUGAUCCAAAGUCAUCUGUUUCUACAGUGAACGGAAGUAACACUCAGCAAGAACAACCCAUGACAACGUUGUCUUUGCGAGAUGAAGAACAACAAGAAGACCUGAAGGAAACCUUAGACAUGAAAAAUCCAAUGGAAACUGAAAAUAAGGAAAUUGAACUUGAGGUUAUAAGUUAUGACUAA